CGCUGGGCGGUGACUCCGGCUCCGGUGUCCCCUCCCUCCGUGUGUCACCGGAGCCUGAGUGUGUGUAGGCAAUGUGUGUGUGUGUAGGUGUGUAGAUGUGUGUUGACGUUGUAAACCAGCUGCCUAGGCUCCGUGUCCUUUCCGUGUGUCGGUGUAUAUAUAUAAAGGUGAGGAGGAUGUCGUGUUGCUGACUCCGGUAGAAGAUGCUGCUGCUCGGUCUGAUGCUGCUGCUGCUGCCGGUGGCUGCCGCCGACCUACCGGGGGGGACAGCGGCCGUUCCCCCGGUCCUUGGCCCGGGGCUCGGCGGCUUCUCUCCCUCCGCCUCGCCGCUCCUCCACCUCCCGCAGCCACGCGCCUCGGAGUACGGAGCGCCCUCCGGUGUCGCCUUGGCCCGGUCCGCGGCGGAGGAACCGUCCGGCCCCGGUGAUGAGGAAGAUGCACCGGGGGAGCAUCAUCAUCACGGCGGCGGCGGGUUCCGGGUGGUCCAAUGGGAGUGGAGCUACGUCCAGACUCCGUACAUCAUCGCCACCUGGCUACUGGUGGCCAGCGUAGCCAAAAUAUUAUUCCACUUCUCCCAGCGGUUCACCACGGUGGUUCCAGAGAGCUGCAUGCUGAUCCUGCUGGGUCUGGUUCUGGGUGGGGUCGUGCUCAUAGCCAAUAAGAAGCAGCUGUACCAGCUAGAGCCCGCCCUCUUCUUCCUCUUCCUGUUGCCGACCAUCGUUGGCGACGCCGGCUACUUCAUGCCGGCACGCCUCUUCUUCGACAACCUGGGCGCCAUCCUGACGUACGCCGUGGUGGGGACGCUGUGGAACGCCUUCUGCACCGGAUUCUGCCUGUAUGCUGCCAAACUGCUGGGGGUCAUAGAUGAGCGUGUGCAGGCCGACCUGAUGGACUUCCUGUUGUUCGGCGCCCUGAUCUCGGCCGUCGACCCCGUGGCGGUGCUCGCCGUGUUCGAGGAGGUUCACGUCAAUGACACGCUCUUCAUCAUCGUGUUUGGAGAGUCGCUGGUCAACGAUGCUGUCACCGUGGUUUUAUAUAAAGUCUACAUUUCCUUCGUGGAGGUCGGAGCGGAGAACGUGCAGACGGCCGAUUACUUCAAAGGAGUCGCCUCCUUCCUGAUCGUGAGCAUCGGUGGGACUCUGGUGGGUCUGGUGUUCGCCGUGGUGCUGGGCUUCAUCACGCGCUUCACCAAGAAGGUCCGCAUCAUCGAGCCGCUGCUGGUCAUCCUGCUGGUCUACCUGGCGUACCUGACCGCCGAGCUCUUCUCGCUGUCCGCCAUCCUGUCUAUGACCUUCUGUGGUAUCGGGGCCAAUAAGUACGUGGAGGCCAACAUUUCCCAGAAGUCUCGGACUACAGUGAAGUACACGAUGAAGACUCUGGCCAGCAUCGCUGAGACCAUCAUCUUCAUCUUCCUGGGCAUCUCGGCCGUGGACAAGUCCAAGUGGGCCUGGGACACGGGCCUGGUGUCCUGCACCCUCAUCUUCAUCUUCGUCUUCAGAGCUGCAGGUGUGAUUGGUCAGACCUGGGUUCUGAACCGAUUUCGCCUCGUCCCAUUGGAUAAGAUCGACCAGGUGGUGAUGUCGUACGGCGGCCUGCGGGGGGCGGUGGCGUUCGCUCUGGUGGUGCUGCUGGACAGCGAGCACGUCAAAGCCAAGGAUUACUUUGUCGCCACGACGAUCGUGGUCGUCUUCUUCACCGUCAUGUUCCAGGGUCUGACCAUCAAACCUCUGGUUAACUGGCUCAAAGUCCCUCGCUCCACCAGCAGGAAGCCGACCAUCAACGAGGAGAUACACGAGAGGGCCUUUGAUCACAUUCUGACAGCAGGAGACAUUGCAGGACUGCAGGGUUACCACCACUGGAGAGACAAGUGA